CGCCUCCGCUCUGGUAUUUGUGUUGACGGCAAACACUCAAGCUAACGAGCGACGCGGCCACGCCUCAGAAGCCCAACAUGCGACCGGAAGCUUUGAUACGAAGCUUGAGAUGGCUUCUAUCGUGCGACGAUCCGAACUAGCCUCUGGCUAUGCACAACCUCAGGCCGCCUACAACCGUACCCAGAGAGUCUGUCGUCAACACAGCGCUGUACCAGCAUCAACUACGUUAGUUCGACAUCAUGAUACAAGACGCUCCUGCGCCCUUCAACAACCCUCGUGCCGACAUCAUCCUGCGGACCUGCGACAGCGUCGACUACCGCGUACGGAGCAGCAUACUUGCAGAGGCGUCCUCCGUCUUCGAAGACAUGUUCGACAUUGCCAAAGAAGCUCCAGUCGAGCACCCCAGGAGGGACGGCAUCCCCGUUGUGCCCAUCACGGAGACGAGCGAGGUCACGAAUCUCCUUCUCCGUCUCUGUUACCCUGUCGCCCCUCCCAGUUUCACGGCAUUCAUGCAAGUCAGAGACGUCCUCACGGCUGCAGACAAAUAUCUGAUGGAGGGCCUGACCGAGACGGUGAAGAAGCAUCUCACAGACUUCUCGCUCGACGGCGCAUAUCCGCUCCUGAUCUAUAUCACCGCAUACACUCACCAUUAUGAAGACGUUGCACGCAUUGCUGCUCAGAGAUCAAUCGGACAACCUUUACAUGACGUCUACUUUGCCGAGCUGGAGACGUUAACGGCGGGCGCGUACUAUCGCCUACUCCAGUUCCACAAAGCUGGGGACGCGGACGCACUUCCAGCAGAACCGCUCCUCUCCGCCAAUCUCACCCGCACUUCUGCAAGCACACCGUUGGCAUCGCAUGACCAGUCGUGGUGGGAGGCCCGGUAUGCAUCACCGUAUCCCUUCGGCCUGCCCUCGGCGGACUUCACUCUACGCACGUGCGAUGGUGUCAAGUUCAGGGUGCAUGCCGACCUCCUGCGGAUCGCCUCGCCAUACUUUCGAUGUGUGCUGGCUGAUAUGCGCCAGUCCAUCGAGGGAAGUGAGAGGGACGAAGACGGACAGAUCAUCAGUCUCACACUGCAUGAACGCAGCCAUACAAUCGCCACCAUCCUACAAUAUAUCUACCCCGUGGAGCGUCCUGACGCGCCUCCCGAUCCUCAGGCCGCAGCCAUCCUGCUCCUUGCAGCGAAGAAGUACGAGUUGACGCUCGCUGUCGAGCCACUACAAGCGCAGUUUCUCGUAUUUGCAGAAGCAGAGCCAUUGUCGGUGUAUGCCAUCGCCUGCGCAAACCACUGGGUACGCGAGGCGAGACAUGCCGUACUGAUGUGCUUGCGGCUGCCGUGGAGCGAUCGCUACGUCGAGGAGCUCGAAGCCAUAUCGGCUUCAUGCUACUAUCACCUAGCUCAACAUUGCAAAUCCAUGGGAGUGCUGGCCGGGAAGUUCGCGCUGAGCGAGAUGCAGGAGUGCAAAAAAGAGCAGGUCCCUGUAUCUGGCGAAGGAGCCGGACACUGGGUGUGGGUAACGUGUAGGAGCUGCAAGGCACACACCCUGCCUCGCACGUUCUACAACCCGUUUGGAUUGCGGGGAUGGUGGUGCGAGUGGUUGCGGAAGGUUGCUGAGUUGCUCAGCGACAGGCCGGCAGGUCAAACCGUCCUCGAUCAGCAAGCCAUGCGUUCUGCGUUGAGGGACGCGUCGACCUGUACGACUUGUGGUCCUGUCGCAGCUUUACAUCUGCAACAUUUCUCUCAGCGGCUUGUUACGAGGGUAGAUGCAGUGUUGUCGCAUGCGAUGUCUGAAUUGACAUUUUUCUAGGAUAUCAUAACCUUCAAGAACGAACAACGCAACGUUCACGUCUCUUCUGUAAAUAUCGUUCUUGCAAAUUGUCACUGGGAGGCUUUGUCCGGGGGAUGCGUCGCUGUGGUAUUGGCAAUGGCAUACGUGCACUGGCCGAUGUGAUAUUGUUCUCCCCCACUGUUCGCAUAUAGAAUACAUAUAACUGUUCACUCUGCA